CCACUUCUCACUGCGUCACUUAUGGACCGUAGUAGUUCCUUUGCUAUUACCCAUUCACCUGCUUGACCUCCAGGCAACAACUUUCUCUCCCACAUCAUCUACCAAGCUAUCACACCUCUCUACAGACAGCCCCUCUCCCUGAUAACCGGCACCGGCACCCAAAACACUGCUCAUUCGCACGUCUUUCAAGAUGUUGAUCAAAGUACGCACGCUCACCGGGAAAGAGAUCGAACUCGACAUCGAGCCCGACUACAAGGUCUCACGAAUCAAAGAACGGGUCGAGGAGAAAGAAGGCAUCCCCCCCGUGCAGCAGAGACUGAUCUAUGGUGGGAAACAAAUGGCCGAUGAAAAGACCGCAGAAGACUACGGGCUCGAGGGAGGGAACACGUUACAUUUGGUCCUGGCACUGAGAGGAGGACGGUAAUGAUGACAAAGACUUCAACCUCAAGAGGAGACGGGACCGAAACCGAAAUCGCCGAGCAGAGAACCAUGACGAUCGUUGGUCAGAGUCGCGAGAUGAAAGGCAGGCAGGGACAGCCGAGUGCAGAAGAACACUGACCAUUGACGAAGCUCAUGGAUUUGCCGGCAGCUUUACAUAUUGACUUUCCCGGCGUUGAAACGAAGACAUGAAUGAAGACGAUUCGACGUGCAAGCAUGAUCCAUAGAAGGAAGACAGUCUAGAAUCAGAUCUGGGAAGCAUCGACACUGAUCAAGGACACGCAAAGCCCAUGCCCAAUCUUAUAGGGAUAUUGCCCCAAAAGAGAAAUAUGUCCAAAAUCUACA